AGGAUGUGGGCCUGGGACUAAGACGCCCAAGGUGCACUGCACACUCUCCUUAUGCCCUUCCCUCGUCCCCUAUCCCCUUCUCCCCAUCUCCCCAUCUCCCCCUCCCCUUCAGAUGAUGUGGUCGUGGGACUAUGAUGCUCGAGACGCCGACCUACUAGCCAUGGCAGACCAAUCUGUGCUUCGCCACACCAUGCACUUCCCCCACUCCACCACCUCCCCCCACGCCCUCCACCAAAACUCGUUUGCGGCCGCCACCACCGCUGCUGCAGAAGCAGCUGCAGCGGCCGUGGCAGCAUGUGAGGGCUCUGGGCUGGAAGCGAUCCCGUCUGGAGCUGCCAAAGCUGCUGCCAAGGCUGCUGCUGCCAAAGCUGCUGCUGUGGCUGUGACCUCCUCGCAGGGAUCCGGGGUGGAUGCGGUGACGCCUGGUGCUGCCCGGAUGGCUGGUGCUGCGGCUGCAGUGGCGCUGGUUGCUGGGCGAGAGGAGGAGGGGCAGCAGGGGGGGAAAGGGAGGGCGAGCCCCUUGAGACCAGGUAAGCGGUGGGGCCCUGGGGGAUAUGGGAUGCCGUCUGGUGCGGCCAAAAUGGCUGCCGUUGCUGCAGUGGCGCUGGUUGCUGGGCGAGAGGAGGAGGGGCAGGCCCCUUGA